CAACAAAACCUUCAUUUCAUUUCGUCUUUCUCAAACAUGGAAAACAUUCAUCAAUCUUCAGUCAACAACACUAAUUUCUCCUCAAACUAUCUCCAAUCUCUUUCCCAAACCCCUCACAGGCUCAGGAAGAGAAUGCUAGCCACAUGGACACCAGACCAAGAGCUAAAUCAAGUGAGGUUAAGGUCUGGUGCAGACAUGAAAAGGAAACUCACGUGGUAUGAUUUAGUGGCUCUUGGCGUUGGUGGCAUGCUCGGUGUUGGUGUUUUUGUCACCACUGGCCCUGUGGCACUUGAAAUCUCCGGCCCUGCUGUCUUCAUAUCUUAUAUUAUUGCCGGAAUAUCAGCUCUUCUUUCCUCCUUGUGUUACACUGAAUUUUCUGUACAAAUUCCUGUUGCCGGAGGCGCCUUCAGUUAUCUACGAGUGACCUUUGGAGAGUUUGCUGGGUAUUUUGCCGGGGCAAACAUUCUGAUGGAGUAUGUAUUGUCAAACGCUGCGGUGGCUAGAAGUUUUACGGACUAUUUUUGCCAAGCUGUUGGAGAAAAUCAUUCAAACUCAUGGAGAAUAGAAGUGGAUGGACUAGUAAAGGGUUACAAUAUGUUGGAUUUACCGGCUGUCGCACUUAUUCUUCUUCUCACUCUCUGUCUGUGCCACAGUACGAAGGAAAGCUCGUUGCUGAACCUUAUUAUGACAGUGUUCCAUGUGAUUUUCUUCGGAUUCAUCAUAAUUGCCGGUUUUUGGAAUGGGAGUUCUGAAAACUUGGUAAAGCCAGGAGGGCUAGCUCCUUUUGGAGCUAAAGGCGUUGUUGAUGGAGCAGCCAUAGUUUACUUCAGCUAUAUCGGGUAUGACUCAGUUUCAACCAUGGCAGAAGAAAUCCAAAACCCUUCUAAAAGCCUACCGGUAGGCAUUCUGGGUUCUGUUCUCACUGUUUCCCUUCUAUAUUGCCUCAUGGCCUUAUCUUUGUGCGUCAUGGUGCCUUACAACCAGAUAAUAAAAACAGCAUCAUUUUCAAUCGCUUUCCAAAAGAUUGGUUGGGAGUGGGCGAGCAAUGUGGUUGGGGCCGGAGCAAGCUUGGGAAUUGUUGCUUCUCUCUUGGUUGCCAUGUUAGGCCAAGCCAGGUACCUUUGUGUUAUUGGAAGGGCCCAUCUAGUGCCUUCGUGGUUGGCCAAGGUGCAUCCUUCCACAGGAACCCCAUUCAACGCCACUCUCUUCUUGGGGCUUUGCACAGCAUCAAUUUCACUCUUCACAGACCUCCAAAUUGUGCUAGAUUUGAUCUCCAUCAGCACGCUCAUGGUGUUCUACCUAGUUGCCAAUGCUCUCAUUUACCGUCGAUACGUGAUCAUUAGCAACAAUCCCCCGUCUCACACACUCUUGUUCCUCUUCAUUCUCUCAUUCAGUGCUUUUGGUUUCUCCAUGUCAUUGAAAUUUGGGCAACAUUGGUGGGGUUUGCCACUGUUUGGUGGGUUAAUGGUAAUAAUCACAGUCUUCUUCCACUACACUGUACCCUGUCUGAGCCAUCCUGGAGAAUGGUCAGUGCCACUCAUGCCAUAUCCAGCUGUUAUAUCCAUUUUCCUUAAUGUCUUCCUCAUGACCUCGCUUAAGAUCCUUUCCUACCAAAGAUUUGCCGUGUGGGCUUGUUUGAUAUCUUUGUUUUAUGUGCUUUAUGGUGUUCACUCAACUUACGAAGCUGAAGAGAUGAAAAUGGGUGUUGAAGAAGCUCGAAUCCCAUCAAUCCAACAAACUAAGCUAGACAUUCAAGUGCUUUAAUUAAGUGUCGACUGUAUGCUUUUUUUUUUUUUUUUUCAUCUUUCUAUCUACUUUAUUUUUCUUUUGUAAUCUCGAUCUGAUUAGUUGUUGGUUGUUAUAAUGUAAAUUUCCAUGGAAUACCUAGUAAGCAAAAAGGGAUUCCCAUCAAAUAGAGACACAAAUAACUGGAUAAAAUGUAAGUGUGGCUGAAGUAAAUGAAAGAUUAAGCAUUUGAGA